AUGAGACAUUUUGUGAGACCGACUUCUAAUAUAGCCUAUCUAAUGACAUUCAAUUCAUAUUUUUAAAUUCAGAAAGUAGGACAAUCUUAAUAGCACCUAAUUCCAUUAAAGAGAUAGGGAGUUACAAAAUUGUAUUCAAGUUAUUCUGCUAGCUAUACUUUCCCUUUCAUAAAUGGAGGUUCAAACUAUGACACUCCUGUAAUCUAAGCUUUAGACCUCCCACAUUUUAUGGCAUUUUCUUAAACUACGAAAACUUUGACUAUAAAUACUACUAAUAUUGACUAUUCUGAAAUGGAUUCAGUAAUUGGUGAAUAUCAAGUCAAAUUUUAUCUUAAUACCAACGAGAUAGCAAGUGCAUAAGAGUAUUACCCCAAUCUUAAUAUUGUGAAUAACUUCAAUAAAAACAUCAAUGUUAAGGUUAUCAUCUUGGAUUAAUCGCCUUCAAUAUAUCCUUAAGUUGAAAGCGGUGAUGAGGUACUAUAUCUAAAUUUUACUGAGCCUUAUUUGCUAGGAAAUACAAGAACACUUAGUAGAAUGCCAACUAAUUAUCAAUUGUCAAUUCCAAUAGUCUCUUAGUUAACCAAGACUUAAAUAGUUUAAGAAGCUGGUACGGCUGUAACAUCCUCUACUUCUACAGUAAUGGGAAUAUCUACCCUUCUACAAAUUCUUUAGUAAAAUUCAUAAAUUAAUUUAAAUAGAGGAGCCUCUCUUGCUUUUUUAUGGUCACUUAUUAAUGCUGUUUAGCUUUAUGAGUUUAUGCCGCUAGCCUAAGUCAAUACUCCUUUAUUUGUCCAUGAUAUGAUAGGCAGAUUUACCAUUUCAAGAUUCGACUUUAUUCCAAAAUCAACUUUCUUUGAUUUGUACUUCAACACUAAAUACUCCUAUGAUCUAAAACUAUUUGGAAUAGAAACUUAUCUCCCAGUUUAUUUCUCUUGCCUUAUAACAAUAAAAGGGGCUCUAACUAUGAACAACUUUGAAAUAGUAUCUCUAGUAUUUGCUAUUAUUUUUUGGAUAAUUUAUACUGGAUUUUUAAUUUUUUCUUGGAUAUUUCUGACAACUAAAUACAAAGAUUUACCUAAGCACAGUCCAAAGUAUCAAUAUUAUAAGAGCAGAUACAACAGUUAUUAUUCAGAAAUUAAAAUGACUAGUUUGGCUAAUAUUCUCUAUUACCCAGCAUUCUUGACUCAUAGAACAAUAAUUGCUUAUAUGCUAGUUUUUGUUACUUACAGCUUUUAUGCUUAACUCUCAAUAUUUUUAGUCUCCUAAUUAUCAAUGCUUUUGUAUUUGAUUAUAUUUCGUCCAUUUAGGCUAGCAAUCAAUAACUUCAUUGAGAUAUUCAAUGAGAGUUGUGUGCUUAUCUCAAUACCUUUCCUUUUUUUAAUCUAAUAUUACUAAAAUGAUGGUGAUUAAGUUCUUAUUUUUGGUUGGGGUUUUACCUCAAUCCUAAUUUUGAAUGUGGGUAUUAAUGUGAUUAAUGCAUUCUACUAAUCAAUUAACAAGUAAGUAAUUCUAAUAUGCAGAAAGUAUGGAAAAUGUUUCAAGAUUAAUGGUAAAGUAAACCCAUUUGUAAAGUAUUUCCAGUAAUAAACUGAAAGAGGUGGUCUGAACGAUGGAUUAGAAACUCAAGAAAGGAAUAAGAAAUAAAUUCAUUUCAUAAUUCCAAGUGAUUUAGAGGACAGCACUAAACAGUAAUUUGAAUCAACCACUUAGAUUCUUAAAAGCCAAUAAGAUAAGCCAGAAAAGAAAAAUUACAAAAAUAAUUCACUUGAAAAAUCUUUUGGAAAGGAUGGAAAAGGAAUAAAUAAACAAUAGGUCCAGACAUACUCGACUAUGAUAAGAUAUGAUAAAAAUGAUAAGUUGAAAGUGAUUGUUCAAGAUUCUUAAGAAUUAGAGAUUAAUUCAAAUCAACAUCGAUAUAGGGAAUAAAAUCCAACAGGCUAGAGCUUAAAUAAUUCGCUAAAGAAAAGCCUUGACCCUAUGAUUUUAAAUAAAGUAUCUGUCCUGAGUAACGCAGAUCAGUCCAAUUUAAAUUCAAGCAGAAGUAGUAGGUAUGGUAGGGAUAGAUUAUACAGUUUUUAAUAAUAAUACCGCUAGGAAUAAGCUGAAUUAACUUCCUAAAGAUCAGUCAAGAAAUCACCAUCAUAAAAGAAAAAGGUAAAUAACUGA